UACGCAGUACUAUUUUAUACCUAUUAUUAACGAUUUGUUUUUCCAUAGUAGAAAGUGAAGCAGGAAGCCUCUGGAUUUGAUAUUUAGGAUUUUCUAUUCUCGUUGUCAUAUAACUAAGAAUUAUACCUGCCGGAACCGGCCAACUUCAAAUAACAGAUUGUCUGUGAAGUGUCAUGUGUCAAAUGGUGCUAAACAUCAAAUUUCUUGAGUUUUGGUUUACAAAAAUACAUUUUCUAUUUUUGUGAUUUACGAGAACUUGCCAGAAAAUUCACUGACACAAGGUAUAUAAAAGCAGUGCCAAUCAAGAUUCGUUAAAGUGCAAAUAUUAAAUAAGUAUCAAAUAUCUGACAAUAAUGAUAGAUCUUACUGAAGCAGAAAGUUUUAAAAAUAAAGGCAAUGAAGCCUUUAAGUCUGAGAAAUACGAAGAGGCCGUGUCCCUAUAUAGUAAGGCAAUCAAUAUAUCUCAGAAAGACACACGUGAGUACGCUACAUAUUUAAAGAAUCGUGCAGCAGCUUACCUCAAAUUGAAAGAAUACAGCAAAGUAAUAAAAGAUUGUGAUGAAGCUUUAUUAAUUACUCCUGAAGAUCCGAAAGCUUUAUUCCGACGCUCUCAAGCAUUAGAAAAUUUAGAAAGAUUUGAGGAGGCUUACAGAGAUGCUAAAACAAUAUUCACUGUCGAUCCCAGUAAUAAAGCUGUCCAACCUGUGCUGUCCAGAUUAUAUGCAAUUGUUCAAGAAAGAGUCAAGAAUGCAGCACAAACAUCUUCUAAAGUGGAACAGAUGUUUAAACUUGUGUUUGAAAUAAGUGAAGACAAAGAAAAACGUGAAAAGGCUAUUGUUAACCUACUUGUAUUGGCUAAAGAAAAUACUGGUGCAGAAGAGAUGAUGAAAAGUGGUGUUGUCAACAAAAUACAACAACUUGUGAAAUUUGAGAAAAACAUGGAUAUAUAUGUCAAUGCUAUAAGGGUGAUUGGCCAACUCUGUAAACGAAGUGUAGACAGGACAAAAGAAAUUAUCAAGUUGGUUGGCAUCCCUUGGUUUUUAGAAAUCAUUGAUAGUGAUAGUGAAGCAAGGGUUAACGCUGCUCAAUAUUGCUUGCAAGUUAUUUUAAAUACAUUUUCAGGAAUGGAUACCAAAAAGGAUACCAAACCGGACCCUACAUUAUGUGAACAGUAUAAGAGUGAAAUUGAUACACUUUUAACAUGUUUGACAUAUUCUAUCACCAAUAGAGUUAUUACUGGUUUAGCUCGAGAUGCCAUUAUAGAACUGAUUAUGAGAAAUUGCCAUUUUAGUAGUCUAAAUUGGGCUGAAAGGUUUGUAGAAAUAAGAGGACUACACCGUUUGCUUGAGGUUUGCAGUGAAUUAGAAGAAUACAAAUAUGAGUCUGCAAUGAAUAUCACUGAGUCUUCCAGGACAGUAGCUGCUGCCUGUAUGGCUAGAAUAUAUGAGAAUAUGUAUUAUGAGCAGGCAAGAGAAAAGUUUCAUAGUCAAGUUGAUGAUUUUGUCAAGGAUAAGCUGUUGACUCCUGACUUGGAGUCCAAGGUAAGAGUAACAGUAGCUAUAACAUCACUCUUGCGUGGACCACUUGAUGUAGGUAACUAUAUUAUUUCAAAAGAAGGUAUUAUGGAGAUGAUUUUAGUCAUGGCCCAAACUGAUGAUCCGUUACAGCAGAAAGUUGCUUGUGAGUGCUUGGUAGCUGCUGCGUCAAAGAAAGACAAAGCCAGAACUAUCAUAAACAAGGGUGUUGAUAUAUUAAAAAGCUUAUAUGCAAGCAAAAAUGAUGCAGUUAGAGUCAGAGCAUUAGUAGGAUUGUGUAAAAUUGGAAGCUUUGGUGGUGAUGAUGCAUCUAUUCGUCCUUUUGCUGAUGGAUCAACUAAAAAAUUAGCUGAAGCCUGUACAAAAUUUUUGGUCAAUCCAGCUAAAGAUAAAGAUAUGAGAAAAUGGGCAGCAGAAGGGCUUUCUUAUCUAACUUUGGAUGCAGAUGUGAAGGAGAGUUUGGUCGACAAUAAAUUAGCUAUCCAGUCUCUUAUUGAACUAGCAAAAUCUGGUGAUCAGUCCUGCUUAUAUGGUGUAGUGACUACAUUAGUUAAUUUGUGUAAUGCAUAUGAAAAACAAGAACUAAUGCCAGAAAUGUUAGAACUUGCAAAAUUUGCAAAACAUCAUAUACCAGAGCAGCAUGAAUUAGAUGAUCCAGAUUUUGUGAAUAAAAGGCUGACAAUUCUCUGUAAAGCGGGAGUGACAACUGGUUUAGUGGCAUUGGCCAAAACUGAAAGUCAUAAUUCAAGAGAGUUGAUUGCUAGAGUUUUCAAUGCCAUAUGCAGCUUACAAGAUUUAAGGGGUAUAGUAGUGCAACAGGGUGGUGCCAAAGUGCUUAUUCCUUUAGCUGUUGAAGGGACUAACAAUGGAAAGAAACAAGCUGCACAAGCUCUGGCUAGAAUUGGUAUUACAAUUAAUCCUGAAGUGGCAUUCCCAGGCCAAAGAAACUUAGAAGUUGUAAGACCUUUGAUAGCUUUGCUACAUCCUGAUUGUACUGCUUUAGAAAACUUUGAAGCUCUGAUGGCACUUUGUAAUUUAGCAGGAAUGAAUGAGACUACAAGAAACAGAAUAUUAAAGGAAGGUGGUUUAGCUAAAAUUGAACAUUAUUUGUACGAAGAUCAUGUUAUGCUGACAAGAGCUGCAGCACAAUGUAUAUGCAAUUUAGUUCAAUCUGAGGAGGUUGUUAAAGCUUUUGAAGGAAAUAAUGAUAAAACUAAAUAUUUGUAUUUACUCUGUCAGGAAGAAGAUGUUGACACAGUUAUGGCUGCUGCUGGUGCCCUUUGUGUUCUGACCUCCAUUAGUAAAGGUUGCUGUAGGAAGUUGCUUGAUCUGAAUUCAUGGGUUGAAUCAUUGAGAUGCUUGUUGGCAAAUCCAAAUAAUGAAAUUCAGUACAGAGGUGUAUACAUGCUUUAUAAUAUAAUAAACGGUGACAGAGACACAGCUGCAAAAAUAUUUGAAACUGAUGUAAUGGAAAUAUUAAUGGCUCUUACAAAAUUGGAUAAUCCUGAAAUAAAAAAAGCCCAAGAAUAUGCAGAGAAAUGUUUACAAACUGCUGAAAAUUUAGGAGUCAUUAGAAAGCCAGACGAAGGGGCACUAAGUGCUUCCAUACAGGAAGAACAGAUUAUCGAAGAAGAAGAAGACUGAAAGAUCAGUAUAAAACAUUCAUAAUAAUCGAUUAAAGAGUUUUACAAGGUAACCAAGUGUGUCUUAGUAUUAUAAGUGUAAGAACUAUAUUUAAUGUAUUUUACUUUAUUUUAUU